GGCCAGACGAAAUCAGUCAAUCAUUAGACAUGUUUGUUACAACACUCGUAGUGCUUGGGUCCAUUUUAGGACUCCUGUAUCUAUACUUGAAGAAAAAAAAUGAAUACUGGAAGACCAGAGGUCUCAUAGCCCCCAAGCCUUUGCCGCUUCUCGGUAACUACGGGGAUUUCAUCCUACUGAAGAAAAACCUUCCUGACACUGUCACUGAAAUUUGCAAACAGUUCCCUAAGGAGCCCAUCGUCGGUGCGUACUACGGUGCGGAGCCGGUUGUCAUCGUCAAGGAUCCCGAGCUCUUGAAACUCAUCCUUGCUAAGGACUUUUACUAUUUCAGCAGCCGAGAUAUCUCGGCACACGCAGGAAGGGAAACGAUGGCAAAAAAUGUGUUCCAAGAAAAUGGGGAUACCUGGCGCGUCAUGCGGCAAAACCUCACCCCGGUCUUCACAUCAGCUAAGAUGAAGAAGAUGUUCUACUUAAUUCAAGAACGCACGCAAGAUUUCGAAAAAUUCUUGGCUAGAGAAAUUGCCGCUAAACCAACUCACGAAGUCAGGAGCUUCGUGGCGAAAUAUACCAUGGAUUGCAUCGGAUCAUGCAUCUUUGGCCUCGAAACUAAAGUCAUGCAAGAGAAGAGCGACAGUCCUUUCGUGGCCAUCAGCGAGAAAAUUUUCGACUUCCGCACCCACAAAGUGUUUAAGAACGUCAUGAGAACUAUCUGGCCGAACAUUUUCUAUGGUUUAGGCAUGACGGCCUUCAAUAGAGACAUUGUUGACUUCUUCAACAAGCUUAUCGGAGGUGUAUUCUCUGAUCGUAACCAUACUCCAAGUUCAAGGCACGACUUCAUCGAUUUCAUCCUAGGGUUCAAGAAUAAUAAGUUUAUUACGGGGGAUGGUAUAAAAUCUCUGAAAAAUGGAAACGACGCUAAAGAAAAAGUGAAAUUGUCAGUGGACGAUGAACUUCUAGUGGCACAAACUUUCGUAUUUUUCGCGGCUGGAUUUGAGACGUCAGCAGCAACUAUGACCUUCGCUUUGUUUGAGAUGUCCAAAAACCCUGAAGUUCUAAAGCGUGUAUUAGACGAAGUCGACGAGUAUUUGGUGAAGACCGACGGAAAGGUCACGUAUGAGUGUGUCACCGAUUUACCUUACUUGGAAGCUUGCGUGGACGAAGCUCUUCGCCUAUACCCGGUACUAGGAGUCCUGACUCGCGAGGUGGUGGAGGACUAUCGCAUGCCAUCAGGUCUGCUGCUGAAGAAGGACACGCGGGUGCACAUUCCGGUGUUGUACCUGCAGAUGCACCCGGAAUACUUCCCGGAGCCAGAAAAGUUCCAACCCGAGCGAUUCUUGGGAGCCAACAAGGACAAUAUCAAGCCUUACACGUACUGUCCGUUCGGAGAUGGACCUAGGGUUUGUAUAGGCAUGCGUUUCGCGAGGAUGCAGAUGAUGGCAGGCCUGGUCACGUUGCUGCGACACUACACCGUGGAACUGCCCCCCCACGUGCCAAGGAAGGUCGAGUUCGAUCCUUUGGCCUUCACGCUUCAAUCCAAACAUAAGAUCGAGCUGAACUUCUUGCCGAGGACCAAGGUUUCUAGUCACUAAUGAACUCCUUCAAAUGGGAUGCAUUUGUCUGUAAUAUUUUUGGUUAUUUAAAGAAUGUUUGUUACGGAAUGUUUGCUACUUUGAGAUGUUUGUAGAGAAUGAAUAUUCGAUUGACAUUACGAUAUGACGUCGACCUUGACGCGGGAGGCCUAUAAAGGAUGACUCACACUAGGACGGGCCGGGCCCGGGCCAGUGCGUCUGACAUGUCAUUUUCUAUUAUGGCUGAUCGGUGAUCACAUGGUGCAUGGUGCUUUUCAUAGAAAAUGAAGCUCCGGAAGCUCCGGCCCGGCCCGUGUCUGGUCUAGCGCGAGUAAUCCUUAUGAUUUUUUGUUAUUUAAAUAUUCGUUAUGGAUAUGAUAUGAGUUUAGUUUUUAACUCCUGAAGUAGAAAUGUCCUGAGCUUUCCCCAUGUUAGGAAAAGAUAAAAUGUGUGUUACGAGUAUACCUAAAUAUUUUAAGCUAGGGCUAAAAUACUAUGAAGCCAAAUUUAUUGUAUCUCGUUCCUAAGUAGGAACAUAAAUAAUCUUUUUAACAUAAUAUUACUAUUUUUAUUUAGAGUACUACUAAUGUAUAAAGUACUAAGUAUUAAGUCUAGAUACAGCUAGCCAAUUUAAAGGCCUGUGCAUACCGGCUUGCGUGUGAGUGACGUGCACGUGCGCUAAAAUGUUGGAGCCGCACACGCACACGUCACGCAAGCGGUGUGUCGUCUCUCAUAAGGAUCUGUAUACUACAACGCCGCACGCACACGUGCACGUCACGCACACGCAGCCGGUGUGCACAGGCCUUAAAUUCUAGGCCACCUUAUAACUUGUCACAAUUUAAUAAUAAAUAUUGUGAUAAAGUAAAAUGUAACUCUGAAUGUAAAAAGCUAGUAAAUUAAAUGUGUAUUUUUUAAACGUUAUAUUAUGCAUUUAUUGGAAAAUUAAAAUAUAAGUUAAAUGUAAAGACUGUGAUAAAGGUUUUUUUAAGGCAAAAUCGUUAAUAAAAUAUUAUUCAAUGAAA